AUGCCAGUAUCUGAUGAAGUUAUCAGCUCAGUGCUGAGAAGCGUCGUACCGCGGAUCGCAUCGCACAGACAAAAACUGCUUCACAAUGACGAACGGAGGCAUCCACCCUUUGUGCUUGCUCUCACUGGGCUCCAAGGCAGCGGGAAAUCCACCUGGGCAAGCAAGAUCUACCAAGCGCUGAAGAAAGAAUACAACUUCAAAGUCAUUGCCUUAUCACUGGACGAUUUGUAUCUUGAUCAUCAAGGCCUUGUGCGCACCCGAGAGUCCAACCCAAACAAUCCGCUCUUAAGAACGAGGGGCCAGCCUGGAACUCAUGACGAUAAGCUAGCAAGAUCGUUCUUUGAGUCGCUUGCUUCAGGUCAAGGAGAUAUCUUGGUGCCAGCAUUCGACAAGAGCAAGUUCGAUGGGGAGGGCGAUAGGGUGCCGCGCGAUCAAUGGGAAUGUGUUGGCGGCGAGUCAUUGGUUGAUGUUGUGGUUUUCGAGGGUUGGUGCGUGGGAUUUCAACCUCUUCCAGGCGAUGACCUGGAGAAGAAAUGGAAAGCUGCGAAGCAGGCUCGGAGCGUUGAAAAGCCUGAGAAUGCGGAGGAAGAUUACUCGACGACUACGCUGGGCGGCCACGCCUUGGAGAACUUGAAGAGAAUCAACGCGAAUUUACAGCGAUACUGCGAGACAUAUAUGGGUCCGCAGCAUUUAGAUUUCUUGGUGCAUAUCGAUACGAACGAUCUGAAGAACGUUUACAGGUGGAGAAUUCAGCAAGAGCAUGCUCUGUGGAACGCAAAGGGCGAGGGAAUGACUGAUGCUGCUGUGGUUGCUUUUGUGCAAGGCUAUAUGCCCAGUUAUGAACUAUAUCUGGAUCAGUUGCGGGAAGGGUUUUUCAGAGAUUGCGCCGGCACAGACAAAGCGCAAUUGCGAAUUCUCAUGGAGGAGGAUAGAUCCGUAGUAGAGAUUAAAGAGAUAGACAAUGGUCGGUGA